GAUAUACCCGAGUAACAGUCCGACCCCUUCAGUCAAGCAUGUCUACAUCUGUGAUAUCACAAAACUGCCAUAUUUUCUGACACCCGAGCACAGUAUCUUCAUAUUUCCAAUAAUCAAGAGAGCAUUUGAGGGUAUCCUCAGAGCCGCACCGUUUCCGUCGCUCCCAUUGGUCAAUCCCCCACCGCGCCCACUUAUGACGACAUCGAAUCUCGCCGGGCUCUUCCGGGCAUGUCCGCGCCGCUGUCAACCCGAAAUGUAAACAACGAGGCGACGUUUUGUGUAGUAGUUUAUCACAGUUCGCCGCCUCUUAACUGUUCUACAGUCAAGAUGUCUGACAUGUAAUAUUUCCUGUCUUGUGUCGUCGCUGAACUUCUGCCUUCAUGCUAACGCGUAAUGCUAACGUUAGCUCACUAACUAGUUGCGAGCAGCCUGAAGUUGUGGAGGAGUUCAGGUGAGCAGACGGAGGUGAGGGGACAUGGGCUCCGUCCGCUGGGCUUUCCGCUGCGGGUCGUGGACACCGAGCAGGUCUGACUGGCUGCUCGCUGCUCGCUGCAUUCAGCGGGAGGAGAAAGACAGGAUCGGACAGUUCGUGUUCGCCAAGGAUGCAAAAUCAGCCAUGGCUGGUAGGUUGCUGCUGAGGAAAUUCGUGUGUGAGAAGAUGGAGGUCCCCUGGUCAGAGAUCAGACUGGAGCGAUCACCCAGAGGGAAACCCUACCUGGCUGCACCACUGAAGGUCGGUUUAGAUUCAGAGCCUGAACAACCAGCCUGGAGUUUCAACGUGUCCCACCAGGGUGACUACGCUGUGCUCGCUGCUGACCAGGGACGCCAGGUCGGAGUGGAUAUAAUGAAGACCACCAUGCCAGGUAGCAGCUCUGUGCCAGAGUUUUUCCGCAUCAUGACUCGUCAGUUUACAGCGUAUGAGUGGAGCGUCAUCCAAUCAGCCGGCUCGGAGGACCAGCAGCUCACCGCGUUCUACCGCCACUGGGCCCUGAAGGAGAGCUUCAUCAAAGCCAUCGGCACCGGUCUGGGCUUCAACCUACAGAGGGUGGAGUUUCACCUGUCCUCUGGGCCGCUCACACAGGGCCGGGCACUGCGCCAGACCAAGAUGCAUCUAGAUGAGGAGGAAGAAGAGGACUGGGUGUUUGAAAUUGCAGGGCAAAGUGGAGCAACAGCAACAUAUAGGACAUGGAGGCUGUUUGGAGACGGAGGGUGAAGAGAGGAGGGUUGCAGCAAGAAACACUGAAGCAAAAAGGAAUGAAUCGCUGGUUUAUUUCAUAUGUAUUUAAUGUGACGUUUUGGUCAAAAUCAAAACUGUUCAUCUGAAAGUCUCAUAUUCAAACACAGAUGCUGCAUAGAUUGUCCAAUUAGCCGACCCCCCAGCAGAAAAGAAGACCGAAAGAUAAAUAAGGCUGGUAUUUGUGAAAAAAUCAGCGCUAAAACAGGUCAUCAACGAUGUGGCUGAAACUAACAAUCAAGUUCAUCACUGAUUAAUCAACUAAUUGUUUAGUGUUUAAAAUGUCAGAAUAUAGAGGAAAAUGUGUCCAUACACGCUGUCCCACGAUUAGUCAACAAACAACAACAAUGUCCAUAUAAAAAAACAUUUAAUUAUCUUUGAUAUCUUCAUCAUCAAUGGAGUAACUUAAUGUUGUCCAAAACAUGAGGCAUGAAGAAUUAGCUAUGGUGAUAGAGGUGUUCCAAAACAUGCACGUCUGGUUAGAAAAUAAUACAACAGGUGAUGACAGAAUACUCCAGCUGGCAUUGUAACGUGUUACUGGUCCUGACAAAUACACAUCAAGUCCUGUCCUAUACAAGAACGGCGACACACAUCAUUGUUUGUGAUCAGUGACGGGUGGCGGUGACUCCGAGAGGUCAAACAAACCGGAGCUGGUUCGAUUUGUCAGAUUUGUCUCGUAUACGAGUCGACACGCACAGGCUGUUAACAGAGAGCGGAGAUGAGCAGCACUGCUGUUGACCGCGUGUCCUCUGGCUCACCGCGUGCUGAUCAGAGAGCAGCGAUGAGACAUGUUACUUCCUGCCGACCUCUAGUGAUGUCACCGCCGCAGCCUCUGGACUCAGACACAGAGGGAGACACUAACACAAAUUGAAAAACAGACCGUCACAAAGCCACAACUCCCUCUUUUUUUCAACAGCAGAAUGACAAAAUAUUUUAGAUUAUACUACAGUCCCCGGAGACACAGCUUCCUCUCUGCGCUCCAUUACUAUCUGCCAUUUUGUGACUAACCCCCCCCCACCCCCCACUACACACACAACGCCACCUGUUACUCCCACAUAUACACACUCAGCUUUGGCCUUUAAUGUCCAAGUAUAUUUCUGCCAGUUACACAGAAUGCAACACAGAUUGUAUUUGGAGUAGAAGUUAUAGAGCGUAUAAAAAAAGCUGCACCCGCUUAGAUUUAGAGCAUCUGUAUAUGGAGGACUGAACGUACUGAAAUCAAAAACAAAGACUGUUUUAUAUUGCAUUAAAUUAUUCACUAAUUAAUGUAUAAAUUGCUAUUUAUAAUUGCAAUUUAAGUGCUUUAAGAUAACUUUUUGUGUUUUAAAUGAUCCAACAUAAAGUUAAAUGAUUAUUAUAGGACUGCAUCUUCUUUGUUAGUAUUUCUCUUCAUAAUUUAUUCAUUUGUUUAUUCUAUUUUGUCCUUGUCUUUGUCUUAACUCAAUUUCAGUGAAAAAGUGAGUUACCCAUCAUUGAUUUCACAACCAUAAAUAAAUGUUGAUUGAUUCACUGAUUGAAAUAAAUAGAUGGCACAGUGAACAAAUGAAUAUACCAUUAAAUGCACCAAAAGACAUAUUUUUCUUAAAUGUAGGCAUGAAUUAAUUUACAAAAGGUGACAGAAAUUGAUGCUUCCGUUUUAGUUUUGCACUGUAUUUAUUUAAUCUCCAAUUUCAUUUAGCAUUUUAUAUUAUAUUUGAUUAAUUUGUAUUUUUUUUUCUAGGCAUAUUUAUUUCUGUAUUAUUAUCUCUUUGUGUUCCCCUCCUACUUAUUAUCACAAAUGUAUUUGCGUCUCUAAAGUCUUUUUACAUUUCGUUAUGCUUUCCUGCUUCAUUAUGCAGAUGUGGGUGCUGUCAUUCAAACUGUGUCAUGUGGUAGUUUCAGGCAGUUUCCGUCCUUGUUAUGUGACCUUGUGAGAUUGUUGUAUAGGAUGCAUUAAUACAUAUUGCAUGUUUAAUGCACAAGUAAGGAGGUCAGCAGUGAAUAGUGAAAAUAAUCUGCUUAGAUUUACAUGAACAUGGCUGGAGAACGGGAUAUGAACCUGGCUUUUGCCCCACAUAUUAAUCAUACAUGCUGCCGAACAGAUUUAUAUCUUUAAGCUCGGCCCUUUUCAGAGAAUACGUUCAUGCUUGAUGUUCUCUCUGCACCGCUCCUGCUUAGGAAGUGAUGAAUGCAGUGGUCAUCUGACUGAACCGUGCUUUCCUUUCAUGCACAUGUCCGCUAAAUUUUCACAUGCAUGAACUAGAUUACACACAGGUGGAAGCAUGCUGAUAAGAAUGCACAUAUGCAUCAUUUGACGAAUAGUAUUGAAUAUGAGGAUGAUUUUUAUUUAUUUUUUAUCAUUCAGAAUGAAAUGUUGGCUGUUUGUUUGCAU